CUCAUGCCCCAGUUGAUAACCCGGGAUAAGCACAGUUUAUGCAGUGUAGGCCUAAUGGAUACCAUCAUUCCAAUUAAGGCUGUCAAAAUAAAAUUGCAAUAUUUAAUCAGUUUUCAACUAAUUUGUUUUAGCAAUUAUUGAGCAGUCCAGUCAGUUAUGCAGUGUAUCCCUAGAAGGAAGCGUCUGAACUGUUGCCUGGCAGAACACUGUAUUGAGAUUACCGCUUUUGGCAGUGUUGAAUGUCAAUUGCCAAAUCACCAAAAGGGGCUCCCAACAGGUGUCAAGGAAAACGACCAUGUAAGCUUAAUUAAAAAGGUGCACUAUCACACGUACACUAUAUGAUUAUAGUGGAGAAUAUGGUAACAGUUCUUCAUAUUUAGGUUGAUAUGAUAGGGAGGAGUGUUCCUUAGGGCAGGUCCCCACGUUAUCAAAGCAUUUGAUCACAACUAAAACAAAAUCAUAAUUCCCAGGGGGUCUGGUGGUGAAUCCAAAGCAAGCAGGGUGCCCCACAGCGAAGUUCCCGCCUCAUUAUGUAACUCCUGCUAUCAUAAAUACAGACCUUAACUGGCACUUCCACAGUUUGUCAGGGAAAAGGGAAGAGUCAGAUACACGGACGCAGCAAUCCAUCCUAUUGGCAGUCAGAACAUAAUAGGACUUGCAGGCAUCUCAUAACGACGCGAAAUGGACUUCGAUCUGCCACCCACUUUUCCAGCCAGCGGUAUCGCAUGGGAGAGGGUCCUGCCGCCUCUUCUUCCCGGGCUGAACGGGACAUUCGGGCUGUACUCAUUCACGCCGUCGGAGCUGCUCACCCCAGUGACGGAGCAAACUGGCUCUGCACAGGUGUGUUGUGACCACAGUCGAUUCACAGUUCAGGUUGAUGUAAAACACUUCAACCCAGAGGAGCUGAUGGUCAAGGUGACCGGAGACUUUGUGGAGGUCCAAGGGAAACACAAAGAGAAAAAAGAUGGGUCGGGGCUGGUGACACGACAGUUUAACCGGCGCUACAGGAUUCCAGAGGGAGUGGACGCCAUGGCUCUGGAGUCGGCGGUGUCGCCUGAAGGCAUCCUCAUCAUAUCGGCCCCUAUGCUGCAGGGGGAGAACUCCAGACACCUGUCCCACUCAGAAUCAUGAGCAUACACACCAUAAGAACAAACACACAAUAAAUAGGAACCAGUGUUGGGGGUAGUAGUAAACUACAUGUAGUUCAACUAGUAAUUUAACUACAUUUUGCAGUAGCUUGGUGGCAGUUCAUAUCUGGUAGUUUGCUACACAGCAAAGAAAAAAGUAGUUACCUACUGGAACUACACACUACUUCUUUUGCAAAUAGAAAACAUGGGUGAAGUAGGCAAUCAUUUCCUUUCUUUUUCAAUAUUACUCCUUUCUAAUUCUCACUUGAAACAGUUGUUUAAUAUGCUAAAUUACACAUUCUGUUAACAUCUUACUCCAGAGUGAUCUGUUCUUGCAAUUUGUAGUCUGACAUUUCACAUUUAAAAUAGUUUAUCGCAAAGAAGUUUGCCAUUUUUAAUAUUAACUUUAGUUAAAGAAAAUAAAAAUGUUAUGGGUAUCUUAACUUCUUCCAGUGUGAAGUAAUUGGUAACUUGGUAAACUGUACACACACAAAUAAGGAUAGAAGCAAAAAUACAGGCACAUUCUCCUCCAACAGACAUAUCAAACACUCACCAAGGAGCUGGUGCCUGCCUGUACCAAAACACCCAUUAACUAAGCAGUCACAGCAUUAAUAUUCCCUGCCCUCUCCCUCUGAGGUUUGUACAUAUUAACAGGACAGUUCUCUCAUUUAAAAUCAUCCCUCAUCCUAAAGAAUCCCAUUUAACUCAUCAAUCUGAAUAUUCAUUGUAAAUAUGAUAUAAAACCAUUGAAAAUGUUGAUUUGAUUGUGUGGCGUGUCUAAUGCCCUCUAAAUCAUGUGUAAAGGUUUUAACACUCAGAUUAUCAAGUACGUUCACAAAACCCAACAGUAAGGUUUUUGUAUAUUUAACUAUUCAUUGUAAAAAGAGAAUUUGUUAACAAAAAUAAAUGCACUAUAUUUCAGUACAAAAAUAAAAAUGCUUUUGAAUUGGU